AACAGGGAAACACAGUCAGAGGUGGCUGUGUCUUUGGCCUUGGAGAUCUGAGACCCAGAAGUUUCCCAUGGCUCCUUAUCAUAUCCGAAAAUACCAGGACAGCGCACAGGGUGUAGUGAAUUUGUUCUGCAGAGGCACGGAGGAGCACAUCUCCGCCAGCUUCCGCUACAUGCUGCUGCUGCCCGGAACCUUCCUGAUCUUACUCGGGGUCCCUCUUACUCUAUUCUUGGCCUCAGGCUCCUGGCUUCUGGUUCUUCUGUCUACCCUUACCCUCCUUGUUUCCCUGUGGCUCCUUGCAAAAUACCCUUGGGAGAAGUAUACGGCAAUGUGUUUGCACUCAGACAUGGCUGAUAUCCCCAGAACCUACUUGAGUUCUCAUUACUCCUGCUUCUGGGUGGCUGAGUCUAGAGGUCAGGUGGUGGGUAUAAUCGCUGUUCUACCAGUGAAGGAUCCCCUCCUGCAGAGGAAGCAACUGCAGCUACGUCACCUCUCUGUGUCCCUGGAGCACCGGAGAGAGGGGAUAGGAAGAGCUAUGGUCAGGACUGCCCUCCAGUUUGCAGAGAUGCAGGGCUUCAGUGAAGUUGUCCUGGCCACCAGCAUGUUGCAGUAUGCUGCCCUAGCUCUGUAUCAGAGCAUGGGCUUCCAGAAGACUGGUGAGUUCUUCUAUACCUUUGUCUCUCGACUAAGGAAUUCUCCAAUGAUAUGCUUAAAAUAUUGCCUCACUUCUGCUCUGAAUGACCUGAAGACCUGAAAGACCUGCUCUGAGAGACCUGUGAGCUCUCUCCUGUGGCCAUCAGUCAGGAUCUAAUUGCUUCUGUAAUAGUAACAAGCAAAUCCAGCUACUUCAGCAAACCACUGACCCUCACUUUCAAGCACAUCGGAAUAAAUGUUUGUGGAUGGGGUUGGGGCAAUGGCUACUCUUUGUUAUCCAUGCUUUCUGAGGUAUCCUUUAGCUAAUACCACAGUCAUGUAUAAAAAGUAACGCAGAUAAUAAAAUUUAACUUAGCUUGUGAA